UUCUUGGUCGAUCCAGGAAAUCUUGGCUUUUCUGUGAUGAUCUUCUGUGUCGAAGCGUUUGCCUGCAUUACCAUCAUAGUACUCAGGCGAGGAAAACUCAUUGGAGGAGAACUAGGUGGUCCAAUGAAAUACAGGGUAAUGACGUCGACGUUCUUCGUCGCAUUGUGGAUCAUCUACCUGGCUCUGUCAGCACUUGAGGCCUACUGCAUCGUUGAAGGUUUUUAA